AUGGCGGCGCCCGUAAUUGAAACAUGCCACAUAGCUUGUUGUGCAAACAGGACUCCAAAUGUUGUUUCUUGGGGUCGUGGAGGGACUAUUGCUUUUGGGACAUGUACCUCGGUAGCUCUCUACGACCCACAGGAGAGAAGAGUGGUGGCUGUGCUGAAUGGACACACAGGGAGAGUGAACACAGUGCAGUGGAUUCACAGAGAGGACUGUGCUCCAGAGAGUCAUCUUGUCUCUGGAGGCUCAGAUAAUCGGCUCAUUGUCUGGGAGGUUCAAAAUGGGAAGUUCAUCCAGUCGGUGGAGUGUAAGGGCCACACGGGUGCAGUGUGUGCUGUGGACGCCAUCUAUCUGGAGGAUUCAAAGGUCCUGGUGGCCUCCUCAGCGUCCGACUCCACUGUCAGACUGUGGCUCUGUGAUGGAGCCAAAGAAGCUGAGUGCCUCCACACCUUAUCGUUCGGCAACAGUUUUAUGAUGGAUGUCUCUCUGGCACUGUUGCCAGGCAGCAGAGUUCCCAUACUGGCCUGUGGGGGUGAUACCUCCCAGGUGGAUCUGUAUGUGCUGUCUAAUGGAGAGCUCCAGAAAUCCAUGUCUCUGCAAGGACACGAAGACUGGGUUCGUGGAGUGACCUGGACAUCUCUAGGUGGAGAGCUGCUAUUAGCCAGCUGUUCCCAGGACUGCCUCAUCAGAGUGUGGAGGCUGUGUGCCAAGUCUGGGACAGAUGCCCACACAGAGGACGACCACACCAUCAUCAAAAUGAAAGAGGACGUUUUUGAAGUGAGGGAGAAAGAUGUGCCCUCCUCGGUGUUUGCUGUGACUCUUGAGACAGUCCUGGCUGGACAUGAGAACUGGGUCUAUGGAGUCCACUGGCAGCCUCCUGUCUACAAAGGUGGAGAGCUGCAACAGCCUCUCAGUCUGCUCUCUGCCUCUAUGGACAAAACCAUGAUCAUCUGGGCUCCUGAGGAGGGGUCUGGAGUCUGGGUGGAGCAGGUGCGUGUUGGGGAAGUUGGUGGCAACACUCUGGGUUUCUACGGCUGCCAGAUGAGUCCAGAUGGCUCCAUGAUCGCUGCUCAUGCUUUUCAUGGAGCGCUACAUCUCUGGUGCAAAGACCAAGAUGAAAAGGGACAAUGGAGGCCUGGGGUUGUGAUAUCGGGCCACUUUAAUGCGGUCCAGGACCUGAGCUGGGACCCUGAGGGGGAGUUCAUCCUCAGCGUGGGCUCGGACCAGACCACCAGACUCUUCACCCCAUGGAGGAAACAAGAUGAUAAACAGGCAACCUGGCAUGAAAUCUCCCGGCCGCAGAUCCAUGGAUACGACAUGCAGUGUCUGGCCAUGGUGGGAAGGUUUCAGUUUGUGUCGGGAGCCGAUGAGAAGGUCCUGCGAGUGUUUCAAGCACCUCGAAACUUUGUGGAAAACUUCGCUAACAUCUCUGGGACGUCAAAAGAAAAGCUGUUGACAUCUAGUGACGCUGCCAACCUUCCAGAAGGAGCCAGCACACCUGCCUUGGGUCUGUCCAACAAGGCCGUAUUUCAGGGUGACCUUGCCCACAAAAGCAACGAAGGGGAGUUCAACAGUGUAUCUGAUCAAUACCAGUCUGAGUCUUACUUCAACCCGCUCAUCAUGACAGAGCCCCCACCCGAAGAUCAUCUUCUCCAGAACACACUGUGGCCUGAGGUCCAGAAACUAUACGGCCACGGAUUUGAGAUGUUCUGCCUGGCCUCAGACAGCGGCAGAGCGCUGGUGGCAUCUGCAUGCAAGGCGUCCAAAGCGGAGCAUGCGGGCGUUCUGCUGUGGAGCACGGCGACAUGGCGCCAGCUGCAGACGCUGCCCUGCCACACCCUCACCGUCACCCAGAUGGCCUUCUCCCCGGAUGCUCAACUCCUAUUGGCUGUUUCCCGGGAUCGCACCUGGUCUUUAUGGAGACGGAACCCGCCCACAGCUGAGAGUCCAGAGCCCCGGUUCUCACUACAUGCACACACAGAGAAGGACACAGCCGUACACAGCCGCAUCAUCUGGUCAUGUGACUGGAGCCCAGACAGCAAAUACUUUGUGACAUCCAGUCGGGACAAGAAGGUGAUAGUGUGGGGGCCGUGCGGGUCAGAGGAGUCAGACGCUCCUCUGUCUCCUGAGAUCAAACCCUGUUCCUCCAUCUUGGAUGUGGGAGAUUCUGCUACUGCUGUGGCUUUCUGCCCCACACUCUGCUCUAAUAACAGCUUCCUGCUUGCAGUGGGGCUGGAGAGCGGCAGGAUCUUGCUGUACAGGUGGAGCCCUGACCUGGGGUCUGCUGGAGGAAACGACUGGAAACACUGUGGAGGAACAGACAUCUCACAAAGCCACGCGCUGACGGUGAAGAGGCUCCGCUGGAGGCCCCGGGCCGGGCGAGCAGGGCGAGAGAACCAGGAGGACGGAGCGAGUGAGGGAGAGAGGGAGGAAGAGGAGGAGAGCUCCUGGGUCCAGCUUGCCAGCGCCAGCGCCGACCACUCUGUCAAGAUCUUCAACAUCAACAAACGGGCUCUUUAGCACCACCAACAGUGACACUAUUAUGUCCCUCACAUGCAGACAGACACUUGGACCGAGGACCACAGGCCACAGCUGCAAGCCUCUCACUCUCUGUGACAGCCAGUUAAGUCAUGGGUCAGUCGCAGGACCAACCAACCCCCCCCCCACCAGUCUGUCUGCACACAGCUGAGCAGAUCUGAUGGGUGGAAGCAAGACGGCAAAAACAUCAUGACCCCGGGUGGUCUUUCCCUUCAUAGUGUUUCAGAUUCAGAGAGGACCACGCUGCUGGAUCUUCACACAGAUGACAUAUUUAUCCAAGCUAACAUUAUACAGGGACUCUUUUCAGUAACAAAUCACAAAGGUGUACUAUGAUUUGGUUGCAUGACAAAUUAAUUAAAUGUUUUUUAUAUCUAA